GCAAACCAUCAAAACUCAACACUGAAUUAACAUUUUAUUUAAAAUGCCACCAAGGUACACUCCUAGUUUAAGAGGACUUUUGCCUUGGUUGCUCAUAUUCUUUGAAAUUAUUUUUAUACUUAUUUUUUUAUUUUGUUUUUCUUAUGACUACCAAUCAAACGAGAGAUAUCUUCAGCUGUAUCCAGCAUUUCAAGACAUCAAUGUUAUGGUUAUUCUUGGAUUCAGUUAUCUUUUUGCAUUUUUGAAGAAAUUUGGAUUUAGUGGUGUUGCUUUCAACUUUCUCAUUGUAGUGUUUGGACUUCAAUGGGCUAUCAUUUUGGAUUCUUUUAUACUUCCUUCAAACAAUGGGCUUCCAACCAUUUCUUUAACUAGUUUGCUAACAGGAAUAAUGAGUGUAUUUCCAGUCUUAAUAUCAUCGGGGGCUCUUUUGGGAAAAGUGAAUCCAGUGCAGCUCUUACUGAUGACUGUCAUUGAAGUGCCUUUUUUCACUAUGAACAGAUAUGUUAUGGAAAAACAUCUAAAGAUUGAUGGUCACAUUAGUAUGAUGCAUGGCCACAUAUUUGGGGCAUAUUUUGGACUCUCUGCAUCAUGGGUUAUCUCCAAACAUUCUCUAAGUGAUGAAAAAAGAGAAAAAUCUGAAACUAUCUCAGAUCUGUUUUCUAUGCUUGGCACUAUGUUUAUGUGGAUGUUCUGGCCUUCAUACAACUCAGUGUUGCCCCAGGUGGACAUAGAAAAGAAAAAUGCCAUUUACAACACAUAUUACAGUCUUGCUGUCAGCACAGUUACUGCAUUUGCAAUCUCUAUUCUUUUGAACCGAAAAGGAAAACUUAAAAUGAGCCAUGUUCGUAAUGCUUCCUUGGCUGGUGGGGUUUCUGUUGGAUUCACGGCCUACAUGGUUCAAUAUCCAUGGAUUUCAAUGACCAUUGGAUUAAUUGCAUCUUUAAUUUCCAUACUAGCACUUCAGUUUUUGCAGAAAACCAUAAGCUCAUCUUCAUUAUUACAUGACACUAGUGGCGUCCAUUGUACAUUUGGGUUGCCUGGACUUAUUGGUGGUAUAGCAUAUAUACUAUUAAUUCUAGUUGCAGAUUGGAAUAGCAUAUUAAUAUCGGGUUACCAAGCAAUGGUUGGUGUUGGCUGCUUAACUCUAACGUUAGCUCUAAGUCUAUAUGGAGGACUUCUAACAGGUUUUCUACUGAAUCUCAAGAUAUUAAGACCACCCAAGAAAUGGCAUUACUUUCAUGAUCAGUCCUACUGGGAGUUUCCCCAUAUGGUUUCUCAUCUUUAAACAAGAAACAGAGACAAUGAUCACUUCAAUCAGCCAAUAUGAUCAACCAAUAUCAUAAACAAAUUGUUUUCAUCCAUGAUCUAAAAUAUGAAGAUUCAAAAAUUAUUAUUUUUUGUGAAGAAUAUGGCAAAUAAUUUGAGAUAAAUUGUAGUGAUAACUAAAUAAGUUAUUUACAAAAAUCCCCAUAGGCUUUAAUAGUGAAUUUUGUAGAAAAAUCAUUAGAUUACAUUUUUCACCCAAAGUGUUACACAGAAACAAUGCAUUGUUAAAGGGACAGUAUACUAUAAAAUUGUUUUUUCCUUAA